GGUGGCGGAAAUGGGCUUCCACAGAUUGGAUCAGAGUUGGGGACAAGCACUUCUUGUUAACCUGAACAAAACAACCAAUCAUAGAAGCAUGCUGAUCAGCUCCGCCAAUCACAGCACAGCAUCCGUUACUCACAACUCCGCGCCGGUCUGCGCAGGCGCGAAGACCGACGAGUUGACGUAUCCGGAAGUGCCGCAGCUUGUACGUUUUACCACUUUUAUUUAGAGACUUUCGGGUAUAAUUUAGUUGAUUUUAGUUAAAACGUUUGUAUUUUUUUUUGUUCCAACGAAGCGAUUAAAUGGAUUUAUUCGACACAGAGCGGACAGGGAGCACGUGACGCCGUUAAAACCUUUAAAACCUGAACGGCAGAAUGGAGAACAAACAGAAAAUAAGCAGGCCUUGUUGUUUACUUCAGCGGUAAAUGAUGUCAUUAACAGUGAUGUGAAGUGUUGGGAACCUGUUCUCUGUCGACUUUUGGGAGCUUUAAGAUGGAGGAGAAAUACAGCAGCAACGUGCUGUCCGGAGGCAGGCUGGGGAUGGUCGAAGUGCCAGAUGCCAGGUUAACCAGAUACAUCGUUCUGCUGAUCGUCUCAAAGGUCCUGAAAGCUUUAGGGAUCUUUGAGUCGUAUGAUAUCCUCAAAGUUGUUCAUAUAGUUCAGUUCAUCUUCAUAUUGAAGUUAGGGAGUGCUAUUAUUCUGCUUUUCUUUCAAAAACCUUUUUCAUCUGGAAAAGUUAUCUCUAAAGGACAGUGGAUUAAAUUAGUUAAACACGCUGUUUGCAGCUGCAUUAUUUCCCUCCUGGGUUUCUUUGGUCUGACUCUCUGCGGACCUUUAAGGACGUUGUUGCUUUUUGAGCACAGUGAUGUUGUCGUCCUCGCCCUCCUCGGUGUUCUGUUCACAAAUUCAGGAGGCGGACCGGCCAAGACCAGAGGUGCAGCUUUCUUCAUCAUCGCUGUGAUUUGCCUGCUGCUCUUCGACAAUGAUGACCUGAUGGUGAAGAUGGGAGACAACCACCACCCUGAGGGACACCACGACAGCGCGCUCACACAUUUCCUCUACACGACCAUUUCCCUGCUGGGCGUGGCGGAUCAUAAGGGUGGGGUUGUGCUGCUGGUGGCCUCUCUGUGUCUGAAGGUGGCCUUCCACACGGCAUCCAGGAAGUUAUCCGUGGAGAUCGGCGGCGCUAAGCGGCUCUACGCUCUGGACAACCUGGUUUCUGCGGCGGUGCUGUUGCCCUGGGUCAUCGUGCUGUCAGCGACCACCGAGAGCAAAGUGGAGUCGUGGUCGCCCCUCCUCCUGCCGCUCGGGAUGAUCAUCUUCUCCGUCACGAUCCUGGAGUUUUACGUGGAGGCCGUCUGCAGUGCCAAGAUGGAGAUGCCGCGGUGCGCCCGCUACGGCGCCAUCGCCCUCUUCCUGAGUGCGCUGCUUCUGGCCAACUUCUGGACCCACCCCAUGACGGACCCGCUGCGGUCCGUGAGGCAGCCGGGCAGCACGGAGCACGUGCUGUCCGGUGGCGUCAUCGUCAGCGCCGUCUUCUUCAUCCUGGCGUCCUGCAUCCUGUCGUCUCCGUCCAGGAGGGGUCAGAAGGGCACCCUGGUGGGCUACUCUCCCGAGGGGACGCCGCUGUACAACUUCAUGGGCGACGCCCUGCAGCACACGUCUCAGUCGCUGCCUCGCUUCAUCAAAGACUCGCUCAAACAGAUCCUGGAGGAGUACGACUCCAGGCAGAUCUUCUACUUCCUGUGUCUCAACCUGGCGUUCACGUUUGUGGAGCUGUUUUACGGCGUUUGGACCAACAGCCUGGGUCUGAUCUCUGACGGCUUCCACAUGCUGUUCGACUGCUCCGCUCUGGUCCUCGGCCUCUUUGCCGCCCUCAUGACCCGCUGGAAGGCCACCAGGAUCUUCUCCUUCGGGUUCGGUCGGGUCGAGAUCCUCUCCGGUUUCAUCAAYGGCCUCUUCCUGAUGGUCAUCGCCUUCUUCGUGUUCGUGGAGUCCGUCACGCGGCUGCUGGACCCCCCCAACAUAAACACGGACAUGCUGACCCCCGUCUCCGUCGGGGGUCUCCUGGUCAACCUGGUGGGCAUCUGCGCCUUCAGCCAYGCCCACUCUCACGGCGGCAAAAGCUGCUCGUCGCACGACCAUGGCCACUCGCACCACGGCCAUGGCCACGGCCACGGCCACGGUGAGCACAGCCACGGCGGUCACGGCCACUCCCACUCCCACGGCGGCGGGGGCGGCGGGAUGAACGCCAACAUGAGAGGCGUGUUCCUCCACGUGCUCGCCGACACGCUGGGCAGCGUCGGCGUCAUCAUCUCCACCCUCCUGAUCCGGCAGUUCGGCUGGUUGAUCGCAGACCCCAUAUGCUCGCUCUUCAUCGCCACGCUCAUCUUCCUCAGCGUCAUCCCCCUGCUGAAGGACGCCUGCGAGGUUCUGCUCAUACGGACCCCCCCAGAACUGGAGAAGAACCUGAACGCCGCACUGGAGAAGAUCGAGAAGAUCGACGGCGUUUUGUCCUACAGAGACCCUCACUUCUGGAGACAUUCGGCCGCGACGGUGGCCGGGACCAUCCACCUGCAGGUCAUGUCCGACGUGGUGGAGCAGAGGAUCGUUCAGCAGGUGACGGCCAUCUUGAAAGACGUGGGGGUGAACAACCUGUCGGUGCAGGUGGAGAAGGAGGCCUACUUCCAGCACAUGUCCGGACUCAGCACCGGGUUCCAGGAGGUCCUGGCCAUGACUCAGCAGAUGGARUCCAUGAAGUACCUGAACGAUGGGACUCGUAUCAUGUGACGCAGACAGAUGACCACUUCUAUUUUAGUUUAGUUUAUUUCUUUGAACUGUACACGUUUCUGUUGGAAUAAAUCUGAAUAUAAAACUUU